AGAGGUUGAAGGCACCAGUGAUGCAUGACAAAUUCCAACAACUCAAGCAUCUCGUCAUCUGCCUUGGCCAAUCAACUAUGUUUUGCGCAGGCUAUGACUUUCUCUCUUUGGCUAGUUUCGUUGAUGCUUGUCCUGCCUUGGAGACCUUCAUUUUACGAAUUGCAUAUGGUAUCAGAUGGUACAACGACCAGAACCGUGGGAAUCCUGACGAUGGAGCUUCAUGUAGGGGGCGGGAGGCCAGCAAACUCCGCAAUGGUGGCAUCGUCGGCAACCUGAGGAAGGUGACCAUCACCGGUUUCUGCUCGGCGAAUAGCCUGGUCGAGCUGACAUGCCAUAUCCUCGUGAUCGCAGCGUUAUCGCUCGAACACCUGACGCUUGACACCUCCCCUGGUUACGACAGGAAGUGCUCCUCCUAUGAUCGGUGCAGGAAGAUGAGUACAGAGGCUCUCCGGGAGGCCGAGACAGCCCUCGCCGCUGCAAGGAAGUACGUUGAGCCGAAAGUCCCUGACAGCGUUAACCUGAUGGUUCUUGGGCCCUGCGGCCGGUGUCACCUGGGCAUGGAAUACGGCAGUUAGCAUUUUUCUUUUGUUAUAAAUGGGUUUAUGAAUGUUUUACCAAAUAAUAAGAACUACAAUUUAAAUAUGCAUGUUGCAAAGUUUGUAACAAUCGGAAUACGGAUGUCGGAUGGAGAGGGUACCGCUAAACGAUUAAUCGGAGUACGGACGAAUAAUCGGAAUUUGACGGAAAUUUAACGUUUUG